CCCCGUCAAAACCCCCAAUGGAUGUUGUAGAUGAGUGGGGACGCAAAGCCUCCGUCUCCUCCACCGGAGAAUCAAUCACUCCGUUCUUCUCGAAUCCAACAGAAUCACAGCUACUCUUCUCUUCUCCCUCACUCUCUCCUCCGAUUCUCCACCGCGUCCCUCACCUAACCCACGCGCGAUUCCUCACCGUCUCCGGAGGCAUCCCACCGUCUUCUUCCUCCGCAAUCGAGUCCUCCUUCCGUAUCCCACAUCCCAACAACGAAGCCGCUAGGGUUCUCUCCUACAACCGCCUCCAGUUUCUACCUCUCCCCUGUAAAGAUUCUGUCUUGGUGUUUUUCCCUACCGGAACUAACCUCGAUCAACUAGGGUUCGUGGUGAUUUCGUCCUGUGAUGGAAUCCAGGUCAUGGGUUUGGAUAAAGGUGAAGUCUUUGUGGCGAAAGAGAGAUUCUUUUCUAGAAUUUUGAAGAUUUCAGUGCAGCCCGUUAGUGAUUUGAGAUUAGUGUGUAAGUCUCUCAUGGGGUAUGUUAUGGUUUGUUUGUUGUAUUCGGUUCAUUGGUACUGUGUCAAGUACGAUGAGGCUCGAGGGAGACCGGUUUUGAGUUACAUUGGAUGUCAAAAGUUUAAGAGCUGUUCUGUUGCUAACGCCUCUUGGAGCCCUCAGCUUACUGGAGAGUGUUUGGUGCUGUUGGAGAACGGUGAGGCCUUUUUGUUUGAAUUGAAUGAGAAUCAUUGUAGUGGAUUCAGAGGUUGUAAGAUGAAAGUUUCUUGGGAAGAUCAUCAAGGGAAGAGUUGGUUAGGAUGUGAGUUUGGUUGGAGACUUGGGACUUUUAUUGUUGCUAGGUCCGAUGCAGUGUUUGUCAUCACCAGAAGCUCUGGGAGUUGUUGUAGUGUGAGAGCUUUGUUGGAGUCUGAGAGUUUGAACAUGGAUGGAACUGAAGAGUUUGUUGCGUUUGCCAAGGCGGGUAUUGAUGAUAGUUUUAGGUUCAUUCUAGCUUCUAAGAGCUAUGUUUAUCUUUGUGAUCAGAGGUCAGGAGUGCCUUUGUUGAAGUGGCAGCAUGAUGUUGAGAAACCUUGUUUUAUAGAUGUUUAUAGCUUGUCUGAUCUCGGGUUUCAGACAGAUGAAUCAACUACUUCAUGCCUUGUAAUAGGGUCGUUUUGGAGCGCAGAGUCUCAAAUGUUCUGUUAUGGACCUGCUAAUGAUUCUUCUUCCUUGUAUGUAUGGGAGCUUCCACACAAUCUACUCUCACCAGCUGGAAAAUGUCUCUGCGGGGAUUGUGAAAUCAGAGAAGUGAUAAUGAAAGAGUCUCUCCCUGUCUGGAUCGAUUGGCAGAAAAACAGAGUUCUUGUUCUUGGUUUUGGAGUUUUAAAUAAGUACCUUCCAUCACUUAGUUCUUCAUCAGAUGGGUUUACUUUGAUUCGGUUAAAAUCCUCAGGGAAGCUCGAAGCUGUCAAGUUCCAUACCUCUCCUGAUCCUUUAAAUAGCUUAGAAGCAGUAUCUCACAUUCACAGAGACUCCACCUGCAAAUCUGAGGAGGUGAACUUAUUGUACCAUCCUGAUGAUAACUUAUACAAACUCCCAAGACGGUUCAAAUACCUAGAACUAGACUAUCUCUCUGCUUACACAAAAGGGAACCUCUCCAAGUUCUUAGAAUCGAUGAUGAGUAAAAAGAGAUCAUCAGGUGCAAAGAAGAACAAUCCUCUUAGCUUAACAUACCAUGAAGAGUUAUGUGAGAAGCUGAAACUCUGCGGGUUUGGUAGAGACAGAUCCUCCUCUACAGUUACUGCAGUCUUCAACAGUAUCAACUCACCAACAAGCGUUUUCGAUAUUGCUCUGAGAGAAACUUGGUCAAGCUUACCUAUGGAGCUUUUGUUGCUUGCGUUCUCGAACUACUCUGAUGUUGAAGGUGUUCUGUUAGACAAGAAGAAACCAUCUCUUGAGUUCUUAUCUGUUCCGGAACUUCCACAGUUACCACCUUUCCUCUUAAGGAAACCUUCACGAAGAAGCAGCAAAUGGUCGAAGAAGGUGCAGCCUGGUGUUGACCUCAUUGGUCCAGUUCUUCCACUCCAAGUCCUCCUCACGUUACACGAGUUACGUAACGGUGGUCUGAACUCAGAACAACAAGAGUUCUCACCAGAUGCAGAGUUCUCAGACCGGUGCAACCAAAUCUCCAAAGCGGCUCGGGAAAUGGCAAACUCAGGUGCAGACGAGAGAACAAUCAUAUCACUUGACGAUGACAUGUGGCUUAACAAUGACUCACAGAAGGAGAAGAAGCGCUUCAUUGCUUAUUCACCCAUCACAAAGACAGAUGAUGAUUCAGACAAGGAGCAUGAAGAAGAACUCACAAAGUUUGUCUCUAAGGUGCGUCGUAAAGACAGUGAUGUUGAUGAUGUUGGUGGAGGAAGAUCAGGGCUUGAGGUUUUUAAUGAUAUGUCGCCGGUGGAGAUUUGUUUCGAAGAACGUGAGGCGAGUUUUGAUAUGAAGGCUUUGUUUAUGUGCAAGGCGCUUCUCUCUCAGUGGCAAGAUCGUUCUACUCCAUAUCAAGACUUUCUUUCUCAGUACCAUCUUCAUAAAUGA